UAAUUGUGUUUGUUUACGCCGGGCGGAUAUUAUUUUAGUAUUUUCUUAUAAAUUGUGAAUCCGGCAAAAUGGAAGUUCAGAUUUUGGAUUAUGUUAAUAAUUACUUGAAAGUGGAAACCAUUGAAGAAGCUUUUCUGAGCGUAAUUGUUUACCACCCCAACGGAGAAAAUGAUAGAGCCACAAGUUUCACCAAUGAUAUCAUCAAAGCCUUCUCCAAUGUUCCGCAAGACAACAAGGAGAAUAUUGUCAGACAAUAUCUGCAAAAAGCAGCCACCGUGACAAAUGCCAACCACUUGAAAGUAUUGAUGGCUACAUUGGGUAAACUAACCGAAGCUCACCUUUUGACUUCAAAGUUGCUUUGCGAUAAAAUUCUUCUUUGCGAGAAACUUAAUUAUGAAAAUAAACUUUUUUGGAUAGAGAGUUUCCAUCUCAUAAAAAAGGUUAUUGAUCACGUCGACUACAAGGGUGUGCGAGAAAUCAUGAAAAGCUGUAGGGAUAAGGCUCAAACUUUUCCCCUCAACGUCAAUGUAACAUAUUUGCCACAAUUGCUGGCAUUGGAAGAUACCAUACGUUAUAUAUUCGAUAGGGAAAAUUGCCUGUUGCCGGCAUACUUUAUAGCAAAUGAGUUUAUGAAACCGUUUCCCUAUCAUUGGAAACUAAAUAAACUGAUGACCGAUGUCGUUGAAGAAUUUCGUCAAACAGCUCAAAUGGUAUCGAUAAUAGGCCACACACACAUGUUGCCUAUAGUUGAACACUUUGGAUAUGCAGAUCAUAUGAUGAAUUCAUGGAAAUUAGAUCCGAAUACAUUGAAAUUUAAUUUCAAAGGCAUUCUCCCAUAUGAGCUAGAGCUUAUGGAAGAACAACCCCAACUUUUGCGUUAUGUGCUGGGCCAAAGCUAUUCCAAGGAAAUGGUAUCGGUUAUGUUGAAUUUGCAAAAACACCAAAAACAACGUUGCAAUACAUUGGAAGAUCAACUGGUGAACUUGAUAAUAAAUGCCAUGGAAAUGACCGAAUCAAAUGAAAAUGCAGCAGGCAGUGGAUUCAAUGUACCCGAGGAACAAAUAUCUCAAAAUGAAUGGAUCUGGCUGCACUUAUCUUGCCAAUUAAUAUAUUUUGUUCUAUUUCAAUUUGUCAGUUUUAUGCACAUCAUAAUUGCUUUGUACGAAAAGUUAUCAAAAAAGGAAUUGCGAAAGGGUAGAGAUCAGCUUAUGUGGAUUUUAUUGCAAUUCAUAUCGGGGAGUAUACAGAAAAAUCCCAUUACAAAUUUCUUUCCCAUGUUCAAAUUGUUUGAUUUGUUAUACCCAGAACAAGAACCUUUAAAACUACCAGAUUGUAAUAAAUCUUCUUGCUUGAGACAGAUGGCCCCUAUAUGCAUAUGGAUACACUUAAUGAAAAAAGCCAGAGCAGAAAAUAUGAAUAUUUCCCGUCCAUUACCAGUGGCCCUUAAAAAUCAUCACGAUUUCCUUCAACAUUUGGUUAUGCCUAACACUAUGAUGACUAUGAGUUUGGGAAACGAUUUUCGUAUUGUUUUAAUAUGCAAUGCUUAUUCUACGAAUCAAGAGUACUUUACUCGUCCAAUGAAUAUUCUGAUAGAAGGUUUAACGGGAAAUGUAAAAACGGCCACGGGAGCACCUUUACAGCCAGUGCCAUUUUCCAUGGUGGUACUGGAUAGUUUAACGGUUCACAGUAAAAUGUCUUUGAUACAUGGAUUUGUAUCGCAGAUGAUAAAACAAGCCCAAAGCAAAACUACAGUGCCCACACCUGCUUUAGUUGAAACGUAUGCACGACUUUUGGUAUAUACUGAAAUCGAAUCAUUAGGCAUAAAGGGAUUUUUGACGCAACUAUUGCCAUCGGUAUUUAAACAUCAAGCUUGGGGUAUCUUGCACACAUUACUUGAGAUGUUUUCCUAUAGACUGCAUCACAUACCCACUCAUUACAGAGUUCAGCUGUUAUCGCAUUUACAUUCUUUGGCUCCCAUGCCACAAACUAAUAAAAUGCAAUUGAAUUUGUGCUUUGAGUCGACUGCUUUACGUCUCAUCAAUGGUUUGGGUUCGGUUGAGUUUCAACCUCAACUUUCGCGUUAUUUUAAUGAGAAGUCACCCGCAUCUGUGGCUUCCGCAGAAAGUGAAGAACUUAAUCGCGUCUUAAUCUUAACUUUAGCCCGGUCGAUGCACAUCACUGCCUCGGGCGAUGAUAUGCAGGCUUGGUGUAAGGAACUACUCUCAACCAUAAUGCAAAACACUCCACAUUCCUGGGCUUCGCAUUCAUUGGCAUGCUUCCCGCCAGCAUUGGCAGAAUUUUUUGCACAAAACAAUCAUCCGGUUGAAAACAAGCAGUUACUCAAAAAAUCUGUUGAAGAGGAGUAUCGAACUUGGACCUCAAUGUCGAAUGAAAAUGAUAUUAUAAGCCAUUUCAUAAAACCCAAUACAAGUCCUCUAUUCUUGUGUUUACUCUACAAAAUGAUUUGGGAGACGGAAAAUAUAAGCCCAGUGGCUUACAAAAUAUUAGAAGGCAUCAGCGCCCGUGCACUGUCAGCGAAUCUACGAAAACUUUGCGAUUAUUUGGUCAGUGAAGUUGUCUCGUCCAAUGGCAAAGAAUUUAUUCACAAAUGCGUGGAUUCCAUUAAUAAUAUGAUAUGGAAAUACAAUGUGGUCACCAUAGACAGAGUAGUUUUGUGCUUGGCUCUACGCACGCAGGAAGGAAAUGAAGCCCAAGUUUGUUUCCUGAUUAUUCAACUAUUGUUGCUCAAAGCUUCCGAAUUGCGAAAUCGGGUCACCGAUUUUUGCAAGGAAAACAAUCCGGAUCAUUGGAAACAAAAUAAUUGGCAUGAGAAGCAUUUGUCAUUCCAUCAAAAAUAUCCUGAAAAAUUUGCUCCAGACGAAUCGGCAUCGCAUCCCCCUUUACCUGUGUAUUUUUCAAAUAUGUGUCUGCGUUUUCUGCCGGUAUUGGAUGUAGUUAUACAUCGUUUUAUAGAACUUCCCAUACAACAUGUCCAUCAAAUAUUGGAAGUGAUUUUGGAGCAUUUAAGCAUAUUAUACAAAUUCCAUGAUCGUCCCAUCUCCUAUCUGUACAAUACAUUGCACUUUUAUGAGCGUAUUUUAAGGGAACGCCCCUCCUUAAAAAAGAAAUUGGUAAGUGCUGUCACUGGCUCUUUUUGCGAUAUACGCCCUGCCAACUGGUGUGUAAGCGAACAAUAUAAACUUUAUUUGCAAAGUCCAGACCUCUUGUGGAAUCCAGAGUUGUCUUAUUAUAUGAAAUUAAUAACACGUUUAGCUGAAACCAUUAGUGGUAAAAAUGUAUUUUUCAAUACCGACUGGCGUUUCAACGAGUUCUCCAAUGCUCCCGCCCAUGCCAUGUAUGUCACUUGUGUUGAGCUGUUGAGUUUGCCCAUUGCCCCACAUAUAGUGGCCAAUAAUAUCAUUGAUGUUGUAGUCAAGGGCUAUGCUUUAAUACCACAAAAAGAAAUUCACACUUAUUUGAAUGCUGUGGGUAUUGUAUUGGCCGAGUUGCCUGAAGCCUAUUGGAGCGGCAUCUACGAUAGAUUGCAGGAAGUUCUGAAUUCUCCCAAAAUGUUGAGAUGGUCAUAUCGUUUCAAUGCCUUUGAAAUGUUCAAUUUCAAAAUGGUUCGAGAGGCUAUGGUGGAAAAGACGUAUGCAGUGGUUUUAGCUGUGGCACAUUCCGUUUUUCAUCAUAUGGGUGGCUUUAAAUUGGCUACAAUGACAAGAUAUAUUAAAGAGAAAUUGAAGCCUUGUGUCCGCACCGAACAUCAGUUAAUAUUUCUUUGCCAUGUCUUUGGUCCAUUUUUGCAGCGCAUUGAGCAAGAGAAACCGAAUGCAGUGGCUGGUAUUGCUAUAUUGCUUUACGAAAUGUUAGAAGUAGUUGACAAGCAACAUGGUCCAGCACCCUUAGAGUAUAUGGAUCCCAUAUGUGAUUUCUUGUACCACAUCAAAUACAUACAUGUGGGCAAUAUCAUUAAGAAUGAGUCGGAAGCUAUAAUAAAACGCUUAAGACCAACUUUACAAAAGCGUUUGCGCUUCAUAAGUCAUUUAAAUAUUGAAGAUAAACAUUUGGAUAAGGUUAAUGAGAACAGUUUAAAUCCAGCUCUUCAGCCCUCAACCACUACAUCGACGGCAUUUGCUAAUAAUCCAAUUCAACAGAAUUUUGCCAAUUUGCCAAAUCAACAGCAACAGCAGCAACAACAACAACAACAGCAACAGCAACAACUAACACAGAUGAAUCAACCGAUGCAGCAAAUGCAAUUCCAAUUGCAACAACAGCAGUUGCAUCACUUGCAGCAACAACAACAGCUACAGCAACAGUCACAACCGCCCAAUAUGGGAGGCCCUAUGCGUCAUAAUUAAUGCAAAGAAAUUUUUUUAUCAAACUUUUUUUAUAAACUAAAAAAUUAUGGUAUACUAUACAAAAAUAUUAACAAACACAAA